CAGCAAACCAUCCUCAAUGGUUUUUUUAAGAUUGGGCUUGCGGGGAGACAUGAAACGUGCGCCCCUGGUGCAUACGCAAUUACUAAAUAGACUUGCCAGUACCUCUGCGACGGCUCCGGCUACGCUUUCAUGGCCUGAGUACCUUAAAAUUAGAAGAGGGAGAAGGAUAUGGGAAUUAACUGCGACAGUUCCGAUGACAUUGGGAGCUUUUGGUGGAGGUUUAUCGUAUUUUGGCUCUAUUGAGCCUGAUCCCACUGCCCUAAUUAUGGGCCUCGAGCCAAUUUGGAUAUAUGCGUUGGCCACCUUCUCGUGUGCUGGUGCCGGGUACCUCGUGGGACCAUUCAUCGGAUCUACGCUAUGGCGUCUCACGCACCGUAAGAAGCUAUCCCAGAUUGACUCCAAGGAGCUGAAUUCUUACCAACACAUUGUCCGCAAUCGGGUCGAUCCAUCAUCUCAGAGUGCUACGAAUCCUGUCCCUGACUACUAUGGUGAGAAUGUUGGAUCAAUUAAGCAGUACCGCCAGUGGCUCCGUGACCAAUCAAAAUAUCGGAAGAAAGCAGCAUGGCCAGAGCAAUAAGCAACCCCCCCCCCCUUCCAGUGACCAAUACGGGAUCCCGCCAUUACACGCUCAACGUAGUUCAAUAAACACGAUAACAAGCCUUCACUUCCUCUAUCUUCUUAUGCGCAUGCUUGCAGUUCUGUUGUUACAAUGCGCGUCACUUCGCAUCCAUCACAGUUAAUGCAAUAUCACUCAGAUGGGGG